AUGGAUAUUAAAGAACCAAAUAUUAUUGCAGCUCGUGUUAUAAUUGAAGAUCAACAAUUCGUCGUUGCCAGCAUUUAUUCUCCACCUACAGAUCAACUUCCGUUAACAUCAAUGUCUACUUUACUUAAACACUCAAAAAAGAUUAUCAUUGUAAAUAAUAAAGGACGUGACUUAGCUAACUGGCUCAACGAACAUAAACUGAACGUACUAAAUGCUGGUAUUAAAACUUCACUACGUUCAGAUACAACUAUUGAUCUCAUAAUAUCUGAUGAAAUACCCGAAACGUCAGAAAGUCAAUCUUUACCUUAUACAUGUAGUGAUCAUCUACCUAUAUUAACAAAAUUCUUUCGUCUCAAGGCAUUAGAUACCAAACUCCUUGUACCUCGCGCGUAUUGA